UUCAGUAUUGUUUACUCUUUUGACGUUUGUCGUCCAUUUGUCAGUGAAUUACCAAUUAUUAACAAAUAUUUAGUAGAUUUAUAUCUUUUUCUUUCAAAAACAAUAAUAAACAUGAUAAAAAAAGUUUCUGAAGAUUAUAGUAAAUACCUAAAUUUAAAAAUUGAUGAAAAAUUAAAUGGGGUAAAUCAAAUUGUUGAUGAUAUGCUGACUCGUUUAGAAGAAUUUGAAACACUAAUUGUACUUGUUCAACAAGAACGUUGCAAUGCUGUUGGAAUGACAGGACAUUUAUCACAAACAACUGAUAAUUUUGAUCAAAUAAAAAGCUUAUGCUCCAAAGUUGACCUGCUAGAAAAAAUGGUACAAGAUGCAGAUAUGAACAUUACAGCAUUAGAAAAUAAAGUUUCAGUUGCAGAAGAACACUAUGGAUUAGCCGAUAACUCAAAUAAAUUGAAAAAUUUGCUAAUGCCACUAUUUAAAAAACCGUCUAAACCUCAAACUAUGUCAUCAGGUAACGAACUGAAACCAUUUACAGCAGAGAGUUAUUUUGAUCCUGAUAAGCAGGGUUCUGUUUAACAGUUAUUUCAUGAAUAUGUUACUAAUAAUUCAAUGUGUAUAUAAAGUAUGUGUAUUGCUAAUUCAAGUUGAUAAUAACCAAAAAUGUUUUUUUUUCUUAUUAAAACAAUCCUUAAAAUCUCCCAAUUAUAAUCACCUAAAUAGAAUAUACUAUCUAUCAAACAACACAUUUUUAUCAUAA